AUGACCUACGUUGGACAUCAAGACUACAUCAAUUCGAUGUGCGUCAUGCCACCUAGUAGCGAUUAUCCUGAUGGAGUUAUCUUUACUGGUGGACAUGACAAUCUAAUUCUUGGAUUUUUACCAAAUAAAACAGAACCUGAACUACGACUAGAAGGUCAUUCUAACGUAAUCUCGGCUCUAUCUCCGGGUAAAUUUGGCACCUUGCUGUCUGGCUCUUGGGAUGGAACAGCACGAGUUUGGUUGAAAUCUAAAUCAGUAAUGGUCCUCCAAGAACACGAAGGAAGUGUCUUAGCUGUUAGCUUUAUGUCUAGUCAAGGAAUUAUGAUUACAGGUUCGUCAGAUAAGAGUAUUAAAGUCUGGAGAGGUGGAAAUUGUGAACGUACCUUAACUGGGCACACAGAUUGUGUUCGCGCACUUUGUGUCUGUUCUGAUGUUGAUAUUUUAUCGUGUGGCAACGAUUGCACAAUUCGAAAAUGGAAUGUAUUAACUGGACAGUGUCAACAAACUUUCCAUGGUCACAGUAGUUUUAUCUAUGGAAUUUGUAUGUAUCCUGGUAAAACAGUAGACUUUGUUUCAUGCGGUGAAGAUAGAUCUCUCCGAAUGUGGAAAGAUGAUAAACUAAUCCAAACAAUCACGCACCCUGCCCAAUCUGUUUGGACUGUAUCAUGUUUAAGUAAUGGAGAUAUCAUAACUGGAACAAGUGAUGGAUUAGCUAGGAUUUUUACAAUGGACGUAACACGAUUAGCGUCAGAUGAACAAUUGAAAAAUUUUUCUAAGCAAGAAGCAUUGUUCACAAUCAACGCCUCAAAUCCAAAAGGAAAAAAUGUAAACAUUAGCGAAUUGCCAGGCAUUGAAGCGAUAGGAAUCCCUGGCAAAAAGGAUGGUCAAGUUAAAAUGUUUCGUAACGGUGAUGUCGCUGAAGCUUAUCAAUGGAGCGCCGAUUCUCAGCUUUGGGAAAGGGUUGGCGAAGUUCUAAGCUCAUCUAAUAAAGAAACAUAUGAAGGAAAGGAAUACGACCACGUAUUCUCUGUAGAUGUUGAAGAAGGAAAACCGCACAAGAAGUUACCGUAUAAUUUAUCUGAGGAUCCAUGGUACGCCGCUCAGAGAUUUAUUGACAAAGAAAGUCUCCCACAGGUGUAUUUAGACCAGGUAGCGAAAUUCAUAAUCGAUAACACAAAAGGUCAAGCAUUAGCUUCAAGUGUACCGACCAGCAAUGAAUACAGUGAUCCUUUUACAGGUGGAUCUCGCUAUGUUCCUGGGCGUCAAAUCGAGCAGUCCUCUAAUGCUGCUUCCGAUCCCUUCACAGGUACUUCACGAUAUAUUCCCGGACAACAAUCAAAUCAAGAUGCAGGCAGUGGAUCUGAUCCUUUUACAGGUAACAGGCCAGUACAGGUAAAGCCGAACAGUACUGUAUUUAAAUAUUUUCCCAAGACGUCACAUCUACUCUUUGAUGGUAUAAACGUUACUGGCCUUUUAAGUAAAUUAAACUCUUUCAAUGCUUCGGUACCUGCGAAUCAUCAGUUAACGAAUGAACAAUUAUUGCAGCUUACAGAGAGUGUAAAUUUUGCCUGCAGACCUGAAAACUAUAAUCAGCGGCAAUUGGAUAUAAAAGAGCUGGAUAUUCUAGCAAAAGUGCUAGACUGGCCGGAAGAUUUCGUGUUUCCAGGACUUGAUAUCUUGAGACUAUAUAUUCGUCAUCCACAAGUCAAUACAUACUUCACAGCGACAGAUAGGGGUGCAGAUUUUAUUACUUCCUUAUUACAUUUUCUAAGAGAUUCAUCCAAGAUUAAUAACUGCUUAUUGGCAUUGCGAGUUUUGGCUAAUGUUUUUAGCAAUCCAUCUGGUGCUAAUUUGAUGGUAAUUUGCUGCGACGAUGUAAGCAUAUUUUGA